GUGCUUGGCCAGCAUACCCAUUCACACUCUCUUUUAACCAUGCUCCCAUGGCAUGUCGUCUCAGUUUUGUUGUCUUUAACUUCUCUCUCUAAACCAGUUGCUUGCGAUCCACAAGUCUAUAGCGUCAAUGUUGGCAUCAAUGGCUCUGGAUUCGACCCAAACACUACCUACGCUGACCCAGGAGAUAUCAUCUCCUUUCAACUUUACUCAAACAACACUGUUAACCGAGCAGAAUACGUUAAGGCAUCCAUUUGUGAUGAAUGGUGCAAUCCAUGCAUCCCCUGGGAACUUUUCCACCCCGGCGAAGCAGGUUUUCAUUCCGGACAUGUGCACACGUUUAAUAUCACCAUCAACGAUACCGCUCCUAUAUUUUUAUACAGUGAUGCACCUUCGGCAUGUGCAAACAGGGCAAGAGUCGGGGUGAUCAACCCAAACGCAACGUUCAUACUGAAAAACCAAGUGGGUGCAGCGCAGGCAGCACCUUAUCAAUUAUCGGCGGGUCAAAUGCUUCCCACAGAUGGCGGCAGACCCUCAAACUUAUCAACAUCCUCGUCAUCUGCGUUAAAUCCUACUGCCACCACCGCCAGCAGCCGCAAUUCUGGCCAUAAUAACGACGCGGGGAAGAUUGUGGGUAUCUCAGUGGGCGUACUUACGGGUAUUGCAAUACUAUUUACGAGUCUGCUAUGGUACCGCAAACGUCGAAAAGAGCCGCGCCCAGAAAAGCAAAUGCAGGAGCAAGCUCCAACUCUCAGUUACUCCUACUACUCUCCGACAUCUGAUGUAACGUCGCCUGUUGUAUACUAUAAAAUACGGGGCGAAGUAUCCGGCGAAGUAUCCGGCAAAGCGCCCAGCGAGCUCCGCGGCGAUGACGUUAACGAGCUGCCAGGAGACAGUCUGGCGGAACUUCCGGAUCAAGGAACGACCGUGAUGAGUAGAAAACAAUAGUAAGGUAUGAUGGGUCAGGUGUACAAUCAUACACAUAUAACAGAGUCAAGAAUGGAGAGUUUAGACAUUUCAAUCCUUCUAACCUACGAAAAUUUUGAAAUAGAAGCUGAAACAUGACUGAUUCGACUGGGCUUGGUUGUGGAGAGUUGAAAUCAUUGAAUACCUUUUUAUCACAUAUGCGUGUGGACUUGAUUAACACCAACGGCAUUCCAGAAAAUUGCCUUAUUCCAUUAGCCUGGCUGAAGGUCUUUGGAUGAGCUUUUGUGGCUUGUAUAUUACGCCUUCCGGCAGGUUACGGGGACUUUACAAUCGGAUUUGAUCAUGAAGUUAACAGGAUUUAGGCAUUAAAAUGUCUGUGGAUUGGCCGCUGUUUAUUUCAAUCAAAACCUGAGGUCUUACUAUGGGUACUGCGAGGCAAACUUCAUCAAUGAGCUUGACAGAACUUCCGCUAGAGCCUCAGUACCUUGUUCUCACCCGAUACCCAUCCAGAUCUUGGAAAAAGAAACCCAAAGCACUUUCAACAUUUGCCCUCAAGCGGCUCAAUCCGUUCGUCGACUUCGUAUUCGAGGCUAUUUCACACAGAAAGCCUGCUUGGCUAUCAUUGCAAUCUCCAAAACGCGCACAAAGGCAAUCCUCAUCAGUCUAACUUGGUACAUCAUUCAAUAUUCAAAUAAAUGGGAAUUGGAAUCGUCUCUCGGUUCAAUACGUGCCCACCUUAUGGAACUCUUUACCGAAAUUGCCGGUUAGCAGGACGCGGGACUUAUACCUCGUCCACCGUACAGCUGAGGCAAAUUAGAUUUCAGCAUGCUUCGAGCACUCAAAAUCCGAAGUAGCGCUGCCAUUGCUCCUCUCCACGACUGAGACCUGAGCAUGAUAGCUAAGUCGGCGAGGCUAGAGAAAUUAUACGUUGUUGGGCUACCUAAAAUAUCCAUAAACGGUGGCGACUUCUCGUCAGCGUCGAAAGCGGCACAUACAAAAGGUAUAUCAGCCGUCGUUCGCGCUUCCGCAAAAGUACUCGGUGCUUUGGAUGUUGGUCUUGUACCAUAAGCGUCAGCACAGCGUGCUCGGUCUGAAAAUGAUGAUAUAAUUACGAAUUUGCAAUAAUUU